AUGACCGCAACGCAGACCAUUACCCAAACCGUGCCAACGAUCGACGAGGUCAAGGUAGCAGUUGAUGCAGCGUUGGAGUCUGCGCAAACAUCGCUACGGGAGCUCAACCGAGAGAUCUGGUGUAAUCCAGAAACAGCCUACCAAGAGCAUCGAGCCCAUGACACCAUCUGCGACUUCCUCGAGAAGCAAGGCUUCACCGUAACCCGUCACGCAUACGGACUGGACACCUCUUUUGAGGCAAUCAGCGGAUCUGGUGGACGACUUAUCAACUUCAAUGCCGAAUACGAUGCGCUACCUGACAUCGGUCACGCCUGUGGCCAUAAUCUCAUCACUACCAGCAGUGUGGCUGCCUUCCUAGCGCUGUCCACGGUCCUGAAACAAUACGGUAUCCCCGGUCGCACUCAACUUCUGGGCACCCCGGCAGAGGAGAAUGGCGGUGGCAAGGCCAAACUGAUUGACUUGGGUGCAUACAAGGGUGUAGAUGUGUCAUUGAUGGCGUACGUAUUGCCUAGCCCUUUAUACAGCGUUGGUGGUGUGCGAAUGAACGCCCGAAAAGAGUUACACUGCGAGUUCACAGGUCGGAGUGCCCAUGCUGGCGGCAAUCCUUGGGAAGGAAUCAAUGCCCUCGACGCCCUAGUAACAUCAUACAACAACGUGGCCGUACUGCGCCAGCAGCUCCGCCCAGAUGAGCGCAUACACUGUGCUUUCUUGGAUACACCCACGGUGGCCAACAUUAUUCCCUCGUACACCAAAGCGUACUGGCAGGUUCGCAGCCCGACAUUGAAGGGGUUGAACCAACUCAUGGUCAAAGUGCGGAACUGCAUUGAGGCAGGUGCAUUGGCUACAGGUUGUGAGGUGAAGAUUAUCGAGAACGAGCUGUAUACCGACAUCAAGAUCAAUGACACACUGUGCGACCGUUAUAAAGAACACAUGUCCAAGUACGACCGAAAUGUUAUCGCGCGUCUUGAGCAGGUCAUGACAGGAUCAUCGGAUAUCGGCAAUGUCAGCUACAUUGUCCCGACACUACACACCAUGUUCGGUAUCACGGAUGAACCAGGCUCCUUCCCUCAUCACCCCAAAUUUGCUGCAGCUGCUGGAACCGAUUACGCGCAUCAAGAAGCGGUGAUUGUAGGCAAGUCGCUGGCGCUGAUUGGGUGGGAGAUGGUGACGAGCGAUGAGUUGUUUGGGAUUGCGCAGAAGCAGUUGAAGGAAUGUCUUGAGGAGUAG